AUGCCAAACGCAGAGCAACACAAACAAGAUACGAUUGGUAUAAUGAGUGAUACUUUGCCUAGCACGCGUAUAAAUAUACCGAUUCCUGCGCGCACACGGAGGCCAAUCAAUCCAAGCGCUGCGAAUAUAUUCCCUGCCCCAUUCCAGUCCUGUCUCUCGCCCUCCGAAGUAUCAACUGGCGACGAUGGAAUAGACAGCCCAAUAAUCACUACCAGUUUCGGUAUACUGAGCGAGCCUGCGGACAUUCUUCACGCUGUUACCGAAACGGGACCUCCCACCAUCAAUUUCAAGGGUUUCAAGACUUUCGCGAUUCCAUCUAUCCUCACGGAGGCAGAUAAAACGCUUUUAGGGAGCAACAUGAAUACAGUGAGUUCAUUGGGUUGGAUAGUGUCCCUGAAGUCAGAUCGCUCUCUUUUAACCGGUUGGAAUGCCUACGAGACGGACACAUACCCGCUAGGCUUCAAUCCCGCCACAACACCUGCACCACUAACAGAGGCUUUACCAACACCUGAGGCAAAUAUCAUCACAUCUAUUCCAGCCGACGGAGUCAGUUUCAAUCAAAAGGCUGGAUCGCCUGCAUACAUAAAGCCUCUUCAGGCGGAAGACUCAUCUCCAGCUCACAGCACGUCACACACACGUCGACUGUCACACCCACAACCAACCACGUCGACACCUACUCAAGCGGUUGAAUUUUCGUCAAAGAGCUGGCGAAAUAAUGCUCCUAUUAUUAAGACCCAUACAAAGUCUCUCAUCACACCUCUGCCCUCUGGUCAAGAAGACGGUAAUUAUAGCGGAGAGCCAUUGAAAGUUGCGACAGAAAGGCGGACGGUUCCCACCGGUAUUCCUACGCCGACAUUUGUUAAUGAACACGGUGAAGGUGAUCUUGUUCUGCUUCCAAGCAACACGCCGCCUCCCCGAUCGAGUAACUCAGCCAAAACCGAGGGGUUAAAUAACCCCGGAUCAAGUACGACGAGGCCUGCCAGGCCAAUGUAUGAUGACAGAAUGACGCCAGAAUCAAUACAUAUAGUCUCUGAAAGCCCUGUAAGUACCACAGGUAUGUGCACGACUCCUGAUGGCCCGGAUCAGAGGCCAUCGACAACGACUACGGCAUCCGAGACCCCGCCAAGAUCCGUCGAUAACGAUUCCGUGUUUGACCAACUUCGAAGAGCACAGCCUGUAUCCAAGCAAAACUUGAAAAUUUCAGCAGGUGUAUCCUCUGCUGGAACUGCGAUUUUCAUUCUGACAUUUGUGUUGCACCGUUUCGUUUACCGGUGGGUUGAUUGA